AUGGAUCCUCCACCAUUUAACUUCAACUCAGCUGGUACCUUGGGUAAAACUCAACCAGUUGCUCCACCAGGUAGUUUUUCCCGAAAUAAAAAAAUUGUCAUCAGUGUCUAUUCAGCUCCAAGUGCUUUCGGAGCAGCCGUUCCAAAAGUAGCGUUUGGUGCUGGUUCACUCUUUGGCAAGCCUUCACUUCACGCACAAGCUGCCGCGAAGCAAGAUGCUCCUCCCGAGCCGAAACCCUCUGUCAGUUUAGCUUCAAGCAGCUCCCUUGCCAGUCGUCUUACAAUGGUGGGAAAAAACAAGCCACCAGUUUUAAAAGCAAAAAGAGAUUCAUCUGAUGACAAAGUUCCGAAUUUACAAGAAGGAGCGUUUGCGAUUCCUUCUCGUUUGAAGGAGGGAGGAAAAUCGACGAUAGGCCCAUUCACUUUUAGAAAGCGAGGUGCAACUGGCGAAGCUCAGAAGAGACUUGUUGAACCAAAACCAAUUCGACCUUCUCAGCGAGUCGGAUUUCAAUUUGGACAACCCAAUAACGAAGUGAAAAGUCUUUUUGGAAAGCCAAAGCCGGUUGUCGAAGAAGGACACAACGAGACUGAUCAUGCUGUGAAGAUGGAGGGACCAUCUGGACUGUUCUCUGGCUCCUUUGGUUCUACUUCAAAAGGAUUCGGAGGAUUAUCUAACGAAAAAACCUCAUCAUUCAAACCAAUAGCCGAUCGAACGUGGAAACCAUCAUCAAGAUUAUCGCCAGCUCCAGAGUCCCGACCACAACUCAAAACGGGAUCAGAGGAAGCGAAACUUAUUCAAAAACUAGCUGGAUUGAGAGGUCAAAAGUGCCCGGAAGACUACGAUAAAUACAUUCUACUGGACGAGCGGGACAAGAUUCUGUGUCAAUUGAGAGAGGUGAACAGUCCGUUGAUUCAACGACUGGAGCGAUGCGAAGAAAUGUGUACAGAGAAAGAACGGUAUCAGAGGAUAGUGCAGAAAGGAGUUUCACCAUUCGAAUGCGAUGAAGAAACCGGUGAUGUAUCUCAUGAAAUGAUGGUGAAACAGUAUGCGAGAUCAGCUGCAGACCAAGAGAGACCAUUACCACAUGAGUUACGGUCAGAGAAGAUAAUGAAUCAUGCAAUGUGCUAUCUCCUUCAUAAUGUCCUUGAUGAGUUCCCAGAGUUUGCUGAGCAACGUGCUGCUUGGUACAAUUUCCUAUGGAAUCGAACACGUGCUCUUCGGAAGGAAGUUACCCAAUUGUCUCUUUCUGAUUCGUUGGCUCUGAAUUUGGUGGAAAGAUGUACACGUCUUCAUAUCCUUUUUGGUUACGUCCUCUGUGAUCUCGAAACGGAAUAUUUCGAUGCAGCAAUGAACAACGAGACCCUGGGAAAAUGUCUACAAACUCUUCGACAUUUUUAUGAAGAUUUCGAGAAGAGAGGAAUACCAUGUGUGAAUGAAGCCGAAUUUCGUUCCUAUGAUGUUAUGCUCCAUAUGAAUGAUACCAAUAUUCUAUCGCAAGUCCUCUCUUAUCGCAGUGAAGUUCGUCAAUCGAAAUCCGUUCGUCUGGCUCUCCAAUUAGCAUCAGCUUUUCGUGACAAGAACUACUGUAGAUUUUUCCGAGUUCUUCAGACGGAUGCAUCAUAUCUUCAAUGCUGCGUAGCACACAAACUUUUCAAUAUCACUAGAAGUAAUGCUGUAUCAAUCAUGACCAAUUCCUACGGACGGAACACAUUCCCACUGGAAAAACUUCAACGAAUACUGGCUUUUGAUAAAGUUGAAGAUCUUACAAGCAUGCUUCAUACUUAUGGUUUGAGGACAGAAGGAACGGAUUAUGUGAUGCUUUCCAAAGAUGAUCUUACUCUUAAUGAAACAAUCCCUCUCACAACAUACGACUGGAUCGACAGAAAGAGUACUGGAAAGUUCAGUUCUGCAGUGUAUGGACCAGAUCUAUUCCAAUUCAUCGCUUCCCGCUGUGACGUUUCAAAUUCUUUCAAUCAUCAUCAGGAGUAUACCCAUGAUAGGGUAUUGGAAGCCGUCCUUAACGAAUCUGAUGUUCCAAUCACUAUCAAUGAUGCGUCUUCCUCGUUUGCUGUUUCAUCUGGAUCGCUUCAGGCGCAAGCAACGAUGGAACAAAGGCAGAAAGCUGAAGCUGAGAGGUUGAAGAGAGUAAGAGUGGCUGAGCGUGAAAAGUUGAUAGAAAAGCUAACGUCUGGAGUAGUGGACCAGGUGGUUUACGGCAUCGUCGACGAAGAAGUCCGAAAGGCGAAGAUAGUUCGAAAGCAGAUGGUUGCUAUGGAAAACGCUCGACAACGAAAAGCUGAAGCAGAACGGAUACGAUUGGAACAAGAGGAAAUAAGAAUGAACAAAGAGAAAGAAAUAGCAAGAAAUCUAGCGAUGAAAGUCGAAAAAGAAGUAGCCGAAAAACAACUGAAAAAGAUCGCCGAAGAGGAAUUAAAGCGGGAGAAACACGACCGAGAACGGAGACUGGCUCGAAGUAUCACUGAAAAAUUCUGGAAGGAAGUGCUCAAAAGUAUCGACGGUCGGGUGAAGUCAAUCUGCGAAGAUAUGGUCAAUGAGAAAGAAGCUAUUCUGGAAAGAUUGGGUGUAUUCCGUGAUCGUAUGUCAAAACAGUGGCUACUGCAAUUCUGGAAUCGCUGGAGGGAUUGGGUUCAAAUUAAGAAAGAGGCCAAGCUUCGAAAGUUAGACAUGAUUAGAAGAUGUGUCCCCCGAUGGGAAUCAGAAGAAAUUGCAAAAAAUCUCAACGAGAAAUACGGUAGCAGCAGUCAAAACACCUCCCCCGUUUGCCCGAUGCUCAAUCGAUCGUCCAAUCACAUCAAGCUGAAGAUAUUCAAGGUUAAGCGGCAGAAUCGAAUGGUUCGAGACGCGUUUACAAAAUGGAGAUCUUCUGCCCGGCAAAUAAAGCAUAAAAGGAUGUCGGCCCAAGAGAAACAGAGACGAGAAGAAGAGUUUUAUCGGCGUUUCGAGAAAAGUACGAAAAUCGAAACGAGGUACAAGUUUAACGCUCCAGACGACUGGAUGAUGUCGGAAAGGAAGAGUCACGAAAGCGUUCUGAAGGAUAAACAACCAUCGUAUAGUUGUGUGACCAAUAGUUCGUUCCAAUGUCCGGACACUUCCCUUUAUGUGGCUCGACGAUAUUUGGAAGACUGGGAGCCAUCAACAGAACUUCCAGAAGACGUGAAAGACAAGCUGAAGAGGAAAAGAGAAUCGUUCGAGAACGUUUGUGAAGAACAUCUGUCGAAGAAGAAACGAGACGAAGUUUACUUUUCUUGGAGCUUCAUAUUUCUAAUUGUGAUAUUUAUAGAAGUUAAAAAAGAGGAUCUAUAUCUCAAAAAAGUGACCGGCGAAGCAGAUGCACUUCUCGAUGAAACUCUCCGGUAUACAGCGGAGUUGGAUCGAAUGAUGGCGGAUAUCAAAUCGAGACGUGUCGACGAAUUGUAA